ACACAUGUGUGCUAGAAAAGUGUCAAAAUUCGGGCCGGAAGAAGCAAAUCUGGCAUUUUCAAGUGAAAUAUGCCAUUCAGGUGUUUGCAAGGAUAUUUGAGACAUCCUCAUUCUGAUCUGAAAUGAGACGGAGGCUCCUCGGGGGAUUCACGAUUGGAAUAUGGUUUACCUGGUGUGUGUGUGUGUGUGUGUACGCGCAAAAUGAGUGCAAUUUCUGACAAGUGAGAGCGGUGCUUUAAAACAACGAGUGUCAAUUUAGACGCUUAGAACAAACACACCCAAUUUGGCCACUUUCGUGCUUACUUCUAUUUGACUUAUCACAACAAUAUGAGUCAGUUUUGUUAUCAACGAAAACAUCAGAUUAAUCAGCUUUGACUCGCGCUCAACAGUUUGCCAAGUUGAACAGUUGCCUUAAGUUUGGGUUGUUUAUGUGAAGCAACAGUUAUUCUCUGCAAUCUAUACAUUCAAGGAAGAGAAUUCAGACGCCCACGAGCGCUUUAAAAAUUCAACAGCCGGGGCCAAACAAGUCAGAAACGAAGCUGAUUCCCUAGUAAUUGGGAGAGUGCUUUGAGUGAUAGAGAAUGAGGUGAUUCGAUCUCAUUUAAGAAGAACUUCCUACGGGGGUGUCAUGAAUAGAUUAUUCUUGGCUGGAUGCUCUUAAAAAUUUGAUCCCGGUGAUCCUUUUUUGAAACACUUGUGAUUCAACGAGAGCAUGUCUGGCAUGUGAUUCAAUUUUUGCUAAGAGAUGAAGCUUGUCUGUCUCAAUUGACUGACCACUUACGUUCUUUUUUUUAUUGUUUUACGCACAACGGCUUGUUGAAGAAGUGCAAUUACCUUGACCGCAGUCUCAUUGCCAAAUUGCUUUUCACUCUUCAAAAGUGUCUUUCUUGUCUGUGUGUGAGCAUUCAAUUUGUUGACUCAACUCAAACCCACAGUCUGGCUUGUUACAACCCUUAUUUCUAUUUUUAAUGGAAUCUGAUAUGAUUGAGUUUUUCUUCGACUGAACUCUUGAAACAAAAUGUUGUUGCCAUAGUGGCAAAGGCCAAAGAGUUCAAAAGAGCUCGGGAGUCAAAGUCAUGACUACAUAGGCAUGAAUUGCCAAUAGCAUAGAUCAAAAACAGCGUGAUAAAUCAAUUUUUAAGGCACCGCUCGAGACAUCCUUGACGAACAAGGGAUUCAUAAUUGUUCAUUAGCCCUGAAUAGAGCCAUGUCAUCCUCGUGAAAACAGCAAAAGAAAACCUCCAAAGGAUCAGGAUCGCCAUCAAUCGUCUUGGACAUCUCGCCAAUUUCGAACCUGUGACAAAUUUGUCAGCCCGAAACACGUCCUGUUUAGUGUAUCCUCUAUUUCGGCCAACGUGGUGCCAGUUCCGAGAGCGGCGAGCAAGUGAAUGUGUGCAGCUCAGUCAGUGAUUGCUAAUGACCAGUGAUUGUUAAUGAUAGCAAAGAUGCCUGAAGUGAGGAGCGAAAGUGGUGAAAAUAAUGACGGUCUACUUUCCCCACCAUCUGUGACCAAGUCGAAAAAGAGGGUGACUAUUGUUGAGGAGGACAAGGACAUCACCUCCGGGGACAAUGUAGAUCAUCAAGACCCCAAUGCUCCGGACAACAAUGGGAAUGACCCCAAUAAUAAUAAUAGUAACACUAAGAAUGAGGAUGAUAAUAAUCAGACCAACUCGAAGCAUCUCAUCCCCAUGGAAGGCGACAAACACGAGAUCCUCUCGGCAUUGGCCGCGAAAGUCAAGAUCGACCUAAAGAGGAACCAGAUCAAAGAUUCCGUUGGUACCACCAAGCACACGGAGCCUUUGGAGAAGCGGUUCCCUAGCCCUGUUUACAAGGUGAAAUUGGAGCGAGUGCUUGGUGUGACCGUGACCACUAAUGCCGGACUCACUUGCUCACCUUCCAGUGGUGUGGUGGCUUAUCCUGCCGGAUGCACUGUGGUCUUGUACAAUCCUCGCAAGAAUCGCCAGAGUCAUCUGACCAACAUCUCCCGGAAGACCAUCACUUCCUUGGCCUUCUCCGAGGAUGGGCGUUACCUGGUGACUGGGGAAUGCGGGCAUCUGCCGUCCGUGCGGGUCUGGGACAUCCAGGAGAAGCAAUUGGUGGCCGAGUUCCCCGGGCACAAAUUCGGCAUCAAUGUUGUAUCGUUUGCACCCAAUAACAAGUAUGUGGUGUCUGUGGGGUCCCAACAUGAUAUGAUCGUCAAUGUUUGGGAUUGGAAGAACAACGUCAAAGUCGCCUCCAACAAGGUCUCAACCAAAGUCAAAGCCAUUUCAUUUGCGGAAAAUGGCAAUUACUUCGUCACCGCCGGCAAUCGCCAUGUCAAGUUCUGGUAUUUAGAGUAUUCUCGCUCCAAAUAUAAGGAGCCGGUGCCUUUGAUGGGUCGCUCAGCCAUUCUGGGUGAGCAACGCAACAACUAUUUCUGUGAUGUAGCCUGUGGGCGUGGCGAAAUGGGCGACUCCACCUACGCCAUCACCAAAUCCGGCCUACUUUGUGAGUUCAACAACCGAAGGCUUCUGGACAAAUGGGUGGAAUUGCGGACGGAGAAUGCCAACUGUCUGAGCGUCGGUGAGGAUUUCAUCUUCAUUGGUUGUGCGGAUGGAAUCGUCCGAUGUUUCUCUCCCCAUACGUUGCAAUUCAUCACCACCCUACCUCGAACCCACUACCUUGGAGUGGACAUUUCCAAGGGAUUGACAAUAAGCCAUAUGGCUUCGCAUCCACCUCAGGCCCGAUAUCCGGAUGCCACUGCUAUCACCUACGACGAGCAGAACUUUAAAGUGACUGUGAUCUACAACGACCAUUCCAUUUAUGUGUGGGAUAUUCGAGACAUCAAGAAGGUCGGGAAAUCCCACUCGUUCAUCUUCCAUUCUGCUUGUAUUUGGGGCCUGGAUGUUUAUCCAACAAGUGAUGAAGGCCAAAAACCGGUCCUGCCUCCGGGAUCGUUUGUGACUUGCAGUUCUGACGAUACCAUUCGCAUUUGGAACCUCAACCAGAACAUGUCCAAUCACACCAUUUACAGGAGAAAUAUCUACAGUGAAGAUCUGCUAAAAACCCUCUACGUGGACAACGAUCUGAAUUUCAUCAAAGAGCAAUUGGACAACUCGGCCAACACGGAAGGCAAGGAAACCAAUGGCAACAAGGAGACCCUCUACGAUCAGCGAAACGGGGUUCGAUGUGUCCGGAUCUCGCCCGAUGGGAAACAUUUGGCCUCAGGAGAUCGUUCCGGGAACAUUCGCGUUCAUGAGCUUCAGUUCAUGGACGAGUUGUGCAAGAUCGAGGCCCACGAUGCCGAAGUCCUUUGUCUGGAGUACAGUUGUCCCGUGGGGGGUCAGAAAUCGGGUGGAGCCACUCGAAAAAGUUUGUUGUCUUCGGCCUCUCGAGACCGAUUGAUCCACGUGUUCAAUGCCACCCGAGAUUAUUCGUUUGUCACAACGUUGGAUGAUCAUUCGUCCAGCAUCACGGCUGUCAGAUUCCUCCAAAGUGGACCGAGUCAGCAAUUACAAAUGGUCUCUUGCGGGGCCGACAAGUCCAUCAUCUUCCGCGAUAUCAACCAUGAUGCCAAGGGAUUGCCCGAAUUCAACCGUGGCAACCACGUGGUGGGCAAGACCACGCUCUACGACAUGGAAGUGGAUGCCAAUAGCAAGCACAUCCUGACUGCUUGUCAGGACCGCAACAUUCGUGUUUACACUGUAGGCAAUGGAAAACACACUCGAACAUUCAAGGGAUCCGUGAGCGAGGAUGGGACCCUGAUCAAGGUGACCUUGGAUCGAAGUGGCGUAUAUGCGGCCACGUCCUGCACGGACAAGACCUUGGCCGUGUACGAUUAUCAGACCGGCGAGUGUAUGGCCACCAUGUACGGGCACUCGGAGCUGGUCACGGGCUUGAAGUUCACGAAUGACUGCCGUCAUCUCAUCUCUGUCUCAGGCGACGGGUGCAUUUUUGUGUGGCGAUUGCCUCAAGAGAUGACCACGGCCAUGACGAACCGAUUGGUUCAAAUGCAAUCCGCCAAUUUGAACCGAUCUACCAAGGCCUACAUCUCCAACGAGGAGUUCAGUCCCAGUCCCACACCCGAACUUCUAGACCCGAACGCCCACGCCCUGAAUGUGGGCGGUGACAACGACUACCGCUUCAGCAUCGGCAAACUGCCCACCUGGGCCAAGAAGCAGGUGGUCGACGAUCCGAACUCCGCCUCCAAUGCGGCCUCUAAUAAAGGCGUGGACUUCCCCAAAGGUCGGUGGGCUCAACGUGUGGGCUCUCAGGGCAUUACCGUCAAGUCGCAUUACGAUAGCGAUAGUGUGAUUCCAUUUCCAGCUCCGAAAUUCGAUUCGGAUAGCAAAGAGAGCUCUCUUGAGCCGCCUGCCCAUCUUCAGGGCCAAAGUGCCAAGGGACAAAAGAAGAAGCGUUUCCCCGUUUCCCAACGCCUCCAGCCGUUGCCGCAAUUGCGGGUUCCAGGUCCCAACACGGACGAUUCGUCCCUGGGUUCCUACAACGCCGAUGCCACCGAGCAUGAUGCGGACAUCGACGAGUUCAGUGAUGGAUUGACCACUCAAGAUGAUGGAGGAGAGUCGACCGAACCUGAACAUCUCGAACGAACCAUGUACUUUGGCCAGGCCGAUGAGAAGCCCAGUGAAUAUACCGUCAAUGCAAUGGACGCAGAUGAGCUCCGAAAGUCUCAGAGACGAUACAAGAAAGGGCGUGGUGACGCGAUUGGCACCACGCCCUCGCAAGAAUCCGAUUUGGAAGAGGAAGAAGACGACGCUUCCACUCCUAAUCCGGACAUGGCAGAGCGGAGUCACAGCUCCAUGUUCUCAGUCAGUACUGAAAACGUGGAUCUAGUCGGUCGACGUGAGCGCUUCCUGAAGUCCAAUUUCGACUCCUUGUCUGGUGCAGAAGACAAUGGAGGCCCAAGUAAUGGACGACGAGGCUCCAGUGUGAGUCCAAGUGGACCGGGGCCUCAUCGAUACACCACCAAUUUCAUGAAUAACACCAUCUCUAACCAGUAUCGUGAGGGUGGCUCAGCCGUUCAACGCAAUGCCAAAACCAUCGCCCGAGCUCAAUCUUUCCGUGACGAGGAGCAGAACCGCAAACGAGAGGAACUCCAAAGAAGAAUUGAGGAAACGAGGAAAAAAUUGCAAAACAUUGGUUAUCGUUCGAUGAUGCGAGGCAGUCAGAGUAUUUCUGAUCUCAGCAAUCUACCUCCUGAGAAGGACAAUAACAACCUCCGAGGUGGUGUUUCCGGACGAGUUGAAGAUCAACGACCCCGAAGUACGGAACCGAGCUCAUCGAAUGAUGCCCAUCUUCGCAGGGCUUGCUCGUUGUCCGAUCUAAAUCGGCCGGCAGUGACACGCAGGAUCUUGCCUGCACCUCCCACCAAUGUUUCUGGGAGACAACAUCGCAGCGAGAGGUCGAAUCCAAAAAGCUCAUCCUCCAAAAUGACCCGGAGGAUCUCGAGAGAGAAUCUGAGUUUGACAGUGUCUCCUUCGAGCGAUAGCAUUCCUUCGUACAUGAAGUCCACCUCGGCUUCAUCCAAAAAGGAACGCCCUGUGGGGGCGGUGGCUCCCCAGAACGGCAAGAGACGAUCUUCAGUCUCGUCUGUGGGUGGGGCUCAAUCCAUCGGAGAUCUCCGCCAAAUCAUCAAAGUGGAUGAUGACAGCAGCUCCGAGGAAACCAAUCGGGAUUCGAGUAGCCACUCCCGGCGGCGAAGCAAUAGCCAAGACCGCCGCGGUGGGACUUUGGAGCGAAGUCCCCGUAAUCGCAUGGGCGGUUCCAUCUCGAAUCUGUCCUCCUCGGGGUCGCCGUCCCAUCCCUCGGUGGCAGGCAACUUAUCUCGAUCCGAGCGUGAUCUCACCAAAGUGACCAAGGUGCGGGUCCGCUCUUCGCCCAAAGAGGACAGUGUCACCGUGAACCAACCUCCGCGCCAACGAACCAAAAUGAAGACCACCACCAUGAUCGUCAACGAACCCAUCUCGACCUCCACGAGCAGCCCCAUGUCGCAUCGAGGCGACAUUGACGUGGUUCGCGCCCCCUUGAACUGGCAACUCGCCGAGGCCACGGCCAAAUCGUUGCAAUUGGCCUCGGACAACCUCGUGCAGUUGUACAAACGGAUAUCUUUAGACUACGACCUGGAGGAGACCCAACGAACUGAGCUGCUCCGCGCUCUGGCGGGCUCGGCUGGAUCCGCCCAACACACCUUGAGACCGGUGGCACCGGGUUCCAAUCAU